UCUUAUUCCCCUUCUGACUGUAUCCAAGACAGUUAAAAGCUUGACAUCCCCAGACAAAACCAUAAAACAUAAAGCACUUCAUCCUGUCUCUCUCACUCGCGCGUAGGUACCGCGGCGGAGCCACCUGAACGUUUUGACAGCAGCAUUUCAUCCUGUCUCGUUCGUCUUCUCCCACGCUCCGCGCUAGGCUUCUCUCACUCGCGUCCGGGCGACCCGCCCGAUCAGGGAUGGUGGAGGAGGCGGGCGACACGGCGCAGCCCCAAAUGCGGCUCAACCACGCAGCGGCGGAGGCCUCCUCUGCCGCCGGCCGUUCUUGGCGGCAUCGGCCAUGUCCGUUCCCGCGUCUUCCGGGCCAUCCCGAACUACCUUCCGAGUCCGACUCCCAUUGCCGCUCCGGGUUCGGUUUCCGACUCUCCAGGAUAAGCAUUGGCGGGGGCUUUAUAUACUCCCCCUCUUGCCCUCCAUGAUUCUCCAUUGGCAGCCACGGAGCCCCCCAAUUUCGCGUCGCGUGCUUGUUUCUGCCUGGUGUUGAUUCCGCCUGCUCCGCUGCUCUGCCAUUGGUGUGUGUCUCCGUCUAGUGCCGUCCGGCGAACCGUCCCGUCCGUGGAGUCGGGGCGCGGUGCUUCCCCUCUUGGUCCUCGCUCGCAAUGGCGGAUUGGAAUCGACCGUGGGACGUGAAUGCACAUUGUGAUCGCUCCGGCAGCGACCGGCGGCCUCCUCUGCCUCGGCCUGAUAGCAGAGACAAUUACUACCCAGUCCCAUUAUGGGAAAGAAAAUUCUGCCGCAACGCUUACGGCAUCCCUUGGAAGAAGUUCUGCGAAAAGAAGCAAUUUAUUGAAUUAUACAAAAACGUCAUGGACUGGGACGAUUCAGGAGCUUUGGAAAAUUUUGAGGCUGCAAAGGAGAGGUUCAGGGCAAAGUAUCAUGGGGAACCUUUCGAGGAUCCUUUGCUAGACCCUGAUAUGUACAUCGACGAGAUCGACCACCUAUGCGAAGUCGACCCAGAGUUGGUAGCUGACCUGGAUAAGGUACCUGACGUGGAUAAGGUACUUGAGCAACAAUUGGUAGCCAACUUGGGUUGUGAAGAGCCGGUUGCUGAUCUGGUACCCAUGGGUCACGGAGAACUGGGUGCCAUUCCGACACCCACAGGUUGGGGAGAAGAGGAUGCCAUUCCGACACCCACAGGUUGGGGAGAAGAGGAUGCCAAUCUGGCACCCGUAGGUUGGGGAGAACCGGUUGCCAAUGUGGCAGCCAUUGGAUGGGGAGAAUCGGCCAGCCUGACACCUGAUACUGCUUGGGAGGGCCGCAACUCUGGAUGGAACUCUCCUCUGGAUCAGCCGCAAUGCACACCAAGCAACUGGAACGAUAACUCCUAUGGCGAUAGAUCAUCCAACAAUUGGUACCAGCAGGAAGUGGAUCCGAGCCACAUGCCAUUUGGGACUAGAAGGAAUUUGAAUGGCGGCGGCCGCGGCAGUAGUUGCAGGAACUCGAACGGUGGCGUUGGCAACAGGAACAAUAACCUCUAUGGAGGUAGAUCAUCCAACACUCGGUACCAACAGGAGGUGGAUCCGGGCCGCAACUCAUCUGGGACUAGAAGGAAGCUGAAUGGCGGUAGUGGCAACAGAAACAAUAACUUCUAUGGAGGUGGAUCAUCCAACAAUAGGUACCAACAGGAGGUGGAUCCGGGCCGCAUGUCUCCUGGGGCUGGGAGGAAGCAGAAUGGCGGUGGCCGUGGCUGCGGCCGCAGUGGCAGUAAGUGGAAUGGUGGUGGUGGCAGCGGCUGGCAGCAGGGCCAGAGAGGAAGAAGGACCAGGGAGAUGGAGUGGCGUCCGGUGCAGCACAAGAGGGAUCCCCAAGAUGACCCUGCCGCUUGAUCUCGCCCGUCGUCUGUGCAGCCAGCCAGGGUUGCUCUUUUGCUUCGCUCUCUAGUAUAAUUAACUAGAACUAGUGAUUGUAGUCUGUAGAGUCUCUAUUAGGGUUCUCUUUUGUACUAACUACUAGAAAAAAUAGCGCCCUAUCGUGCGCCGUAGCAGUCUAAAAUAUAUUGUAAGAAAGGUACUCCCUCCGUUUCUUUUUAGUUGUCGCUGGAUAGUUCAAUUUUACACUAUCCAGCGACAACUAAAACGAAACGGAAGGAGUAACUUAUAUGUUGGCCCUUCUAAUAAGAAGGAUCGUAUCACUGGAGUAGUGCCACAUGUUAUUAUUAGUGGUUUAUCUAUCCUUUAAUAUGAUGCAAUUCUUUUUUUGGA